AUCGCAUCAUUUAACGACAGGUAUUGACAGUUUAGAGGGCAAUUAAAUAAAUUGUAACCACGCAAUGGUUCAGUGUCGAAACAUGCCUCAUAGUGAACGCGAGUGAAAACACUGUUUAGAGAUCGUUCAAUGAAACAGCAGCAUAAAAUCACUCGAUCACUCACUCGAUCGCCACGCACCUCGUGAGUGCUCUUUUCCGAUUCUCUUCGUCUGCGUGCAGUUGUCUGCGCUGGUAGAUCUGUUUGUUUAUCUUCGUAUUUUUCAUUAAUAAAAAUGCUUCUCGUUGCCCGCCGUCGUCACGAUCGUUUGCGCUAAGCGAACCGUUCCGUUCGUCGCAGCCGGGAGAGCCCGAGAGCAGGAAAGGACGUGAUCGUGUUGUGCGCUCAGAAGCUGAGCCUGAUCGUGUGCGGGCGCUUAGGCGCAAAAAGAAAAGUGAAAAGUUUCUUUUCUUUUCACACCGGCUAAUUUGAGACUCUUUUAUUGCCACGGGGAAAAGCCCGCUCCGAAACCGGACCCGAAGAGAAAGAGCGAAUGCCACAGCGCGCGCGAUCGAUCGGCAACGAAAGGGAGAAGAAAAGAAACUAAAAAAGGAGGUGGUGACGAGUCCGAAAAGCAUACACACAGAUCGGGUAGGUCGACGGACAGUGGCGAAGAAGAAGCAGAAGAAGUGAAGAGAACAAAAACAAAAGCGGCAAGCAAAAAAGCGUGCCGAUGUGCGGGGCUUAGAAGAAAGAGUGAGAGAGCAACUGGGACCAAUAGCGAAAAAUGCCGAAGCAAUUGGCGGCGAUGGUAAAGAUGAGGAAGCGAGAGAGUCAUGUCACACCGCGUCAGAGCGAGACGGAAGGGUCUUUCCCAUGCCCGGAGCAGCUGCUGAGAGUGGAGAGUGGAGUGGCGAAACAGCACAAUCCAACAAAGUGACGAAGCCGACGACGUCGGAGGUGCUAAGGGCAUAAGCGCGCCGAGAGAGCAGUAGAUGCAAGCCAGACACGAGAAAGGUGCUGCUGCUGCCCGAAGGAUAUCGUCGGUCUAGUAGCGCAGAGCGUCAGCAUAACAGUUUUCGUGCGCGAUCGUGAUUGAUGUUCGUUCGACUCGGCGGCCCCCAUUGAUUACGGCUGCACUGCAGUGUGGAAAGUGUGACUUUUGUGGGCAGAAACGACGAGCCCCGACGGGCUUUGCUUUGGUGUGGGGGUAUCCUGUGUGUGCGGCUCCUGCAUUUAUGAGAAGAGAACGACCCCAUUUGGGGCAACAGGAUUCGGGAUUUUCCGCUGGGAUCCGGAGUGUGGAUUCAGUUCGAGAAUUCUAGCGAGGUGGAACGUUGCACGCGCGGUUGGUGAUCGAUGUCUCGCGAGGACUAGUGUGUGGACGUUGUCGACGGAGUCCUUGGUGGGAGGUGAUGAUCGGUUGCAUGAUCGAUGGAAAAUGAUCGCCCCAGUGAUAGCCGCGUCUGACAGUGUUAGAAAAUAGGGUUCAGGAAACGGAAGUGUUGUGUUUAGAAAUAUUUCGAUUCGAAGUGACAAGGAGUAACGGGUAAAUUUCGUCAUCGGAAGCUAUUAGAAACGCUGAUUGAAAGUGGAAGGACGAUGGAACUGGUGUCGAUAGUGCUGGUGUGCCUGCUGGCGGUCAGCGCGAACGGUGAGGUGGAAAGCAAAAGCAAACCCGGACGAGGGCGGGGGUCCAUGUGGUGGGGAAUAGCCAAGGCGGGAGAACCGAACAACAUUUCUCCGCUGGCGAACGGGAUGAUCUACAUGGACCCGGCGAUCCACGCCACCCUGAGGCGGAAGCAACGUCGGUUGGCACGAGAGAACCCGGGAGUGCUGGCGGCCAUUGCCAAGGGCGCCAACAUGGCCAUCAACGAGUGCCAGCAUCAGUUCCGGAAUCGACGGUGGAACUGUUCGACGAGGAAUUUCCUCCGCGGGAAGAAUCUGUUCGGGAAGAUCGUUGAACGAGGUUGCCGAGAGACGGCCUUCAUCUACGCGAUCACCAGCGCGGCAGUAACGCACAGUAUAGCGCGGGCGUGUAGUGAGGGAUCGAUUGAGUCCUGUACUUGUGAUUACUCGCACCAAAGCAGGGCACCACAGGCCAGCACGAUGGGUGCCGUAGCUGGAGUGCGGGACUGGGAAUGGGGCGGCUGCAGUGAUAACAUCGGCUUUGGGUUCAAGUUCUCGCGGGAGUUUGUCGAUACGGGAGAGCGAGGCCGAACGUUGCGGGAGAAGAUGAACCUGCACAACAACGAAGCUGGACGGGCGCACGUUCAGUCGGAGAUGCGCCAGGAGUGCAAGUGCCACGGGAUGUCCGGCUCGUGUACGGUCAAAACCUGCUGGAUGCGGUUGCCGAGCUUCCGAGUGGUGGGCGAUCUGCUCAAGGAUCGCUUCGAUGGCGCCUCCCGGGUCAUGGUGAGCAACAGCCUGCGGACCAGCGUCAACGAGGCGACGCUCUCGAACAGGGCCAAUCCGAACGGGUUGAAGGCUCAGAAUCAGGUUGGAGGGGGUCCCGGUGGUCCGAAUAGUGUGUCGAGCAAUUCGAUCCACGCCCGGAGUCACCAGCAGAAGAAGAUCAAUAGGUACAACUUCCAGCACAAUCCGGACCACAAACCGCCAGGUACCAAGGACCUAGUAUACCUGGAACCGUCGCCGGGGUUCUGCGAUCGGAAUCCUCGGCUGGGCAUUCAGGGAACGCACGGCCGCCAGUGCAACGACACCUCGAUAGGGGUGGACGGGUGUGAUCUGAUGUGCUGCGGCCGAGGCUACCGGACCCAGGAGGUCAUCGUGGUGGAACGGUGCGCCUGUACCUUCCACUGGUGCUGCGAGGUAAAGUGUAAACUGUGCCGGACCAAGAAGAUUAUUCACACAUGCCUGUGAGGAGAGGACGGCGAGGCAGGAAGAAUGAAAGUUCUUUUUUCGCGUCCACGUUUGUCCGUCCGUCCGUCGUCGGUGUGGCGUUGAUCUCUGAAUCAUAAUCUGGCUCGUGGUGGUUGAUCGUCGGGUGUGCGCGAGAAAGAGGCGUGGGAGAGGAGCGGUAGGUCAGUCGCGCGACUGUCCGCAGGCCACAGUCGCACAGGGAGAGUGAUAAACCGCGAACGAGCAGCGGUGGGAACCGAGAAAAACGAGAACAUCUCCUUAUCUUAAAUAUUCGACUUUUGUUUUAAGUUAUAAUGGAUGACAUUUUAGGCCUCCUUGCGAGAGCGUUCGUUUGUUUUUUCUCGUGAGGAAUUCAUGCCCUCUUGGGAGUAGCUGAAAAAGUUUAAGAUAAAAACCAAGCCGAGAUUAAGAUUCUGGAAUCAAUCCGACCCCGGAGGCGGACAGACGGAGAAAAAAAUUGUAAAUAUUUCCGCUUCUUUUUAUACAUAAUAUUUAAUUAACUAAAUUGACAACCAAAAAAUAUUAUAUAUUUUCGCUUGGUACUUAAUUCUUUGGUUAUUUUUUGUAUUCGCAAGAGAAAAAUAAUUCUAAGAAGAAGGUUUCCUCUGGCCCGCUUCGAUCCUGUUUCCCCGUCUGUAGAAGUGUAUCAUAUACUCUCUAAGUAUUUAUUUACUCGAAAAGCAGCUAGAUGUGGUGAAGCAACAGCAAAAGCAAAAGAAAGCGAAAAACUGUUUCAGUAUUAAAUGUCUAUUUAAUCUUUUGAUUAACUGUAGCAACUAAGAUGAACCUGAAAACGCAUUGACCUUUGUAGCUUUGUAAGCGAAAACGAGAUCCCAGUUAUUUUAACGAAUUGUAAGAUUGUUUUGUUUAGAUAAGAUGUGUACAGAACGAGAAAGAGAGCAACGAAUUUUACUAAGUUAUGCAAAUUAAUAUUUUUUAUGUUUUAGAGUAUAGUGGAACGAAAAUUGUAACAGACUAACAAUCAAACGAAAGACUGAUAGAAAUUAAAACAAUUUUGCCUCGAUAGAGAAAGCGAGAAAGAACUAUAGCUUUGUUUUCAAAAUUUACAGCUGUUUAGUAGAAAUAUCAGUGCAGGCACUAAUUAUGCAGAAAACAACUACUCUAGGAACGAAUUUCUCAACGUGCGCUCUUGUUGAAGAGUUGACGUUUUUGGAGACCAACUAUAAAGUCUGUGGAGAUGAGUGAUCCCGUUAGUAUCAGUUCUUGAUGGAAGUUCUGCUUUCGUACGAAUCUUGUGAGCGAUAGGUUUGACUAUCACUUUGAUCCGACGUUCUGAUUUUCUAUCUCAUUCGCACAUUAUAUACAACAAGGAUGAGUUCAAUCAGUGUACAUCAAAUACCAUCUCGAUGAUGUUGUCCUGGAAUCGAACACCAUCUCAGAAUCCGAAGGGCGGCUGCUGUUGAACUUUUCUUAGAAAGGAUUACGAUCACAGCCCUUGAACUCUUCGCUCACAACAUAUUCAUUAUCGAUUUGCAACCCUCAAUAACAUUUUAAGAUUUAUCCCAGCUAAAACACCAAGCUAAGUUUUAGAAUUGAUUUAAAACCUUGUUAAACCCUGAAAUGUUACUUUUCGGGGAACUUCCCAAUAGUUCGAUUCAAACAUGAUCACCACGUCACACGCACUCUAAUGGAACAGUCCCAAAAAUUCCUCGCUUCAACAGUAACAUCCGUUUAGAAAUUCUCUAAAAUGUAACCAACUUUCCCAGUUUCAUCAUACUGUGACAGACAGAUUCACUAUUUAGCGUUUAUAUUGACCCUAAUCGAUUAAGGUUAUCUCCUCCAAGUGUUUGUACUCUUAACGCCAACCAACAGAAAGAUCAAAAUGGAACAAUCAAAUCAAAACUACCUUUCAUAAAGUUGUAAAUAUAGCCGCCAUAAGCCAUCACUCUUCCCAUUAAGUUCAAUUACCUCUCUUGAUUGAUCUUCAACGUCUAACUUAUUAACUCCUCUCGAUUUGAUCAGUGCCCAAUAGCAACGUAGGUAAGUCCCCCUCUUCCCCUAAAAUUGUACAUACCCCAAAAAAGCAAGGAACACUGCAGAAGCUCGAGACAGCGUCGUAGACAAGUGAUAGUAACGUUUCAAAGAACACACAAGUUGGUCUUAAACUAUGUAUUCUAAUAUUGACAAAUAAUAGGCUCCCUACUUAAAACUAGCAACGUAAGAAAUGGAUGUUCGUCUCCCAAAACACUUUUUUGUCAUAUUAUACACCCCCUUCUUCCCCGAAAAACUUACAACUUAAAACACCCCCCGUUAGGUAGACCGUUCAAUGGAUGUUCAAUCUAGAAUAAGAUGGAUGUAUGUGUGUGUGCAGCUGUAUGUGAAUGUGAGCAGAACCAGUUCUAGCGAUCUAACGAAAAGAAACCUUAAAACAAAACAAAUCGUUUGACGCAGCAUGUGGAAGCAACAAAUAACGCAACGAAAAUCUAACACGCUUUUUUGUAUUUUUUACAUAUUAUAAUUGAAUGUUGAUGCAAAAAAAUAGAACAAGCAGAUUCGAAAAAUAGAGAAUGAAAUUUUUCAUGACAAUCGAACAAAAUGAGUCUGGAGUUGGU